AAUCUCAAAUUUUCCCGGUAAAUAAAAAAGAAAAGAAAAGAAAAGAACCAUUGACCAGAAAACGAAGUCCCUAGUUUUUUUUAACGCAGAAAAAAUGGGUAAUGGGAAGAUUGGGAAACGAUUUGAAGGGAAGGUCGCCAUUGUCACUGCUUCAACUCAAGGUAUCGGCUUCGAAAUCGCUCGCCGUCUCGCCUUUGAAGGUGCCUCCGUCGUUAUUUCUUCCCGCCGACAGAGAAAUGUCGAUGAGGCAGUUGAGAAACUCAAAGCUCAAGGACUUGAAGUGUUAGGGAUUGUUUGUCAUGUAUCAAAUGCACAGCAAAGGAAAAAUCUGGUGGAAAAGACUAUCCAGAAAUAUGGAAAAAUAGACGUAGUUGUAUCAAAUGCAGCUGUCAAUCCAUCAGUUGAUUCCAUUUUGAAAACCAAAGAAUCUGUACUUGACAAGCUGUGGGACAUAAAUGUUAAAGCUUCAGUCCUCCUUUUGCAGGAUGUUGCUCCUCACUUGCAAAAAGGCUCUUCAGUUGUUCUCAUUUCCUCCAUUGAAGGAUACAAUCCUUCUUCUUUAUUGGCCAUGUAUGGGGUCACAAAAACAGCACUUCUUGGACUGACAAAGGCUCUAGCUGCAGAGAUGGCCCCUGACACUCGUGUAAACUGCGUUGCUCCCGGUUUUGUGCCAACACACUUUGCUGAUUUUCUUGUGACUAAUGAAGCCAUUAGGAAGGGGGUUGAAUCAAAGACUUUACUCAACCGGCUUGGCACGACUGAAGACAUGGCUGCUGCCACUGCUUUCCUUGCAUCGGAUGAUGCUUCGUAUAUUACUGGUGAAAUUCUGGUUGUAGCGGGGGGGAUGCCUUCAAGACUCUAGCUCCUUUACGGUUUAUUAUGCUGAAGCUAAGUAAAUUAGAAGUGGAGGGUGUUUUUGUUUUCUUUCUCAGUUAGAUAUUCAGAAAUAAAUAUCUAUAAGCUUUCUUGUGGUAUUAUGAGUUAGCUUUUGCAACAGAAAAAAGAAGAGAAAAAAAGAAAUUUUAUUUACCCCAAUAAAUUUUCUAGUUUAAUUUGUGUAAAUAUGGCAACUUCUUGUUUGCCUGUUACUCCCCAAGAAAGAAGAUGGUCAGUUUUUGGUUGUGUUUAUUUAAGGGAAAUGCUUUCUAUUCAUCUGCA